AUGAGAAGUACAACUGCUGUAUAUUUUUUAUUAAUACUGCAAACUGUAAUCUGUUUUGGUGGAUCACUGGAAAAUUCCAACCAGAUCACAGGAUUUCAGCAGGCUCAAAAAGAGCAACUUGAAAACAAAAGGAUAAAAAGGUUUAAUCCUUGGAGUUUCAUCGACGGUUCUGUGAAUAUCGUAAAUGAUGAUAAUAUCUUAAUCAAUCCUCGAGUUCACAAUGAUGACGAGCCACUGCAAAGUCCUAUAGAUUUUAAAGUUUCAGCACCUGAACACUCCAGUGAUCAUAAUAGCGAAAAAAAAAUAGAAACGACAAAUUACCUGAAUCCAAGACGCUUUCGUAGAAGUAAAGGCAGUAGCAGCAGUAGCAGUGGCAGUAGCGACAGUGAUGAGUCAAGUGAAGAAUCAAAAUCAAAAAUUUCAAAGGGAUCGAAACACGGCUUAGGAUUCCCCGAAACUCUUAACUUCAACAUCAACAUCCGAAUUGUAGACGAUUCCUCAAAGUCCAAGAAAAGAAACAUGAAGCAUGAGAGUGAUGAAGAGGAAGAAGAAGCUACAACUCCUGAGCACAGUCGAUCAAGCAGAAAGAAAACAACUUCAAAACCCCGCGAUUCAUCUGAAGAAACAACUGUCAGAAGCUACCGUAUAACGCUUCGUCCAAAACAACGUGCAGACGACUCAUACAAAUCUUAA